CGUUGAAUAUUUUUCAACCUGUGUAAUUUACAAUACUCUUGCUAGCUCAAAGCUGAGCCUACAAUAUCUCGUAUUUUUGCUGCUUUAGAAAAUGUCGAUCUUGACGACAAAAUAUCUGUCAGUCAGUACAAUCUGAAAUGGAGGAUUUUGACCUGUAUCCCCCUUUUGCGAAGAGAUCAAAGGAAGUGAAUCGUUACAGUGAAGAGACUGAAGAGACUCUCCUGAGGAGAGAAAUGCAUGUGCCGAGCCCUGACGAGUCUUACGGAUAUGAAUCUGUUCAUGAGUCACAACUAACGUUAAAUAUAGAUGUAGGUCUGCCUGCUGGACUGGUGGGCAGACACAACGCAGCGAGUGAAUGCCUGACCCACGAGAUGCUGCCGCGGCCUUCACAGCUGAUGGGCAGGAGGAGGAGAGACCAGAUGUUCCACAAACAUGCUGCAAACGUUCUGCAGCAUAUAGGAGACCUGAGGACGAGACAGCGUCAUAUAAAUGAGUUGAAGGGGGACAGAUGGUGGGGUGCCACAGCCACGGAGACCAGAGUUCCGCAGCAAUUCACGGAGAUCAGGAAUGAACAGCAUCUUGGUCCUACAGCUGAUUUCUUAUUCACAGGUUGCGAGCAGGUGCUUGAUCUGGCUCCAGGAGGAAACCCCAUGAUGUCAUUUGUUGAAGGAACAGCUCAUAGAUCGUUCGCGAUGGCCCCUGCUUGUGGCACGAUGAAUUCUGAGAUAUCUGCUGGGGUUCUCAGAAGUGAUUAUGACGAAAUGGUCUUUCAAAACAUACAGUUAUAUCAUUGAUAGAAAUGAGUCUCAGCUGAUUGAGUUUUGUAUUGGCUAAUAUAGGUUUCUUCUUUUGGUCAUAUGUACUGACGAAUUUAAGCAUGUAAUUGUAGUUGCUGUUAUGGUAAAAAAUGUUUUCUGAGCAGUGUGUAUAUGAAAAGUUCCUUAUGUUCCGUAACAGUUUACAGUUGGUGAUACUGUAGAUGUGGUGAAUAACUUAAAGAAGAAAAGUCAAAGACCACAUAUGACCACAAGACCAAAACCAAUGGAAGUUGGUCAUUUACAAAUGAAUUGUAUAAGGAAAAUAGAUUGUUACUGCAUUGCCAU